GAAGAAGAAGAAGAAGAAGACGAAGAAGAAGAAGAAGAAGGAAAAAGAAGAAGAAGAAGAAGAAGAAGAAGAAAAAGAAAAAGAAAAAGAAACAAAACGAGACUUACCCAAAACUGAUCCUGCUGAGAUGGAUUUGGCUCCGACAUCAUGCAGUCCCAGCUAUGCAAAUGACUGCAGAUCAGCAGACUUCACAUCACCAGGCCUGGACAUCCAGCAGCUGACUGGUCGUCAAGGAGACCGUCCCCCUCUGCCACAGGGUGGGAGCUCCACUUGGGAGCAGGAGGAGACACAUCCUAUUAAAGAGGAGGAGGAGCCACAGCCCCCUCUUAUUAAAGAGGAAGAAAUGGAGCCCCAUAUUAAAGAGGAAGAGGGGGAGAAGCCACACCCCCCUCUUAUUAAAGAGGAAGAAACUGAGCCGGAGCACCCCCACAUUAAAGAGGAAGAGGAGGAGCCACAGCCCCCCGAUGUUAAAGAGGAAGAGGAAGAACUCUCGAUCACUCAGGAGAGAGAGCAUCUUCCAGGGCCAGAGGAGGCUGAUCUCGCCAGGUUGCCACUGACUGGUGUCCCUGCAGUGACUAAAGACCAUGAAGACAAACCACCUGAGCUCUCACAGCUUCAUCAUAGUCCAAGUGAGGAGAUGAGCGAGGCGGAGCCUUCAUGCAGCAGCUCACUGCAACACAUGACAACAGAAGCUGAUGGAGACCACUGUGGAGGAUCACAAGCAGACAACCUCUUCGCUCCACUGUCAGAUAGUGACGACACAACGUCACACUCUCCUGAAGGUGAAGACAGUGACUACAACCAAGAAUCUCUGAGCAGCGAUACAGACAGUGAAGGUGAUAUGAUGACUGGCACCGGCAACAAACACUCUAAAAGCUCUAAAAAGACAACAGUGGAGGAAGAGGACACCAUCCACCUCCUUGUCAUCAUCAUCGUCACCAUCCUGCCGUUGCUGGAGCAUCCCAGGCACCACAGCACACACUCAUUCCUUCAUAUAUUUUGUGAAACAAAAUAAGAGAUGCAUUUCAGUCCAGCAAAUAAUUAAAUCUGGAUUGAUAGUAAACUGCUAUCAGGACUCUGUUUUAAUUACUCACUGGUUACAAAUGCACACGGGGGAUUUCAACCAAGCGCCUUUUGGUUACAAACCACAUGCGUCACCAGCCAACCCAUGUCCCUGCUGCAGACACAGCAGAAUGAUUCAGUCAUAGAACAUGUCAAUAAAUGAUGGUCACCAGCAGAGGGCGCCCUUUAAAUUGCCCAUUCAUUUACAAUGGGAAAGAUUUAGCAGAAAAUAUGAAUUUACACUAAAUGUGGGAAUAUUUGGAAAAGUCUGAUUUGGUAGCACACUUGUCCCGAGUGAGCUGAACAUUUUGAUGUUAGAUUUGUUUGAAUUGGGUGAGAAAUGGAGGAGUAGUUAGCCGGCAAAAAAGAGACGGAAGAAUAAAGAGAAUAAAAAUGGAGCACUAUUGCAUAUGUGGGAAUGCUUUCACCCUUCACACAAUUAAACUAUCAACAAAGACAAAAAGCGCCGCACGGUGAACGAGUGGUUAGCAUGUUGGCCGCACAGUCAGGAGAUGGGAAGAU